AUGGCUUCCAUCCAAACUCCCGCCCACUGCGUCGCUGAUUUCUGUCUGGUCCCUGUCGGCACCUCUUCACCUUCAGUCUCAGACCAAGUCGCUGAUGUCCAGCGGCUGAUUGAAACAUGCGGUUUGAAGUAUGUCAUGCAUUCCGCAGGCACAACUCUCGAAGGAUCUUGGGACCGAGUUCAUCAGGUCAUCGGACAGGCGCAUACGAUUCUUCAUCAAAAGGGAAUUGUUCGCAUUCAUACUGACAUUCGUGUUGGGUCGAGAACCGAUAAGGUGCAGUCAUUUGAGGAUAAGGUAAACAAGGUGAACCAGAUCUUGGGAAAAGAUUAG